AUGGCGACCUCCUCUCUUGCUCCGCCUGAGGUGCCCAUGGAGCUGCAUGCGGGCAACCGUGACCGCCUCUUAACCGCACUUCGUGCCCGCCUCUCCGCCACCGCUAGCCCUCCCCGUGGCCUUGCCCUCCUCCAGGGCGGUGAGGAGCAGACACGACACUGCACUGAUCAUCUCGAGCUGUUUAGGCAGGAGAGCUACUUUGCUUAUCUCUUCGGAGUGCGUGAGCCAGGGUUCUAUGGCGCUAUAGACAUCGCCUCUGGACAAUCGAUUUUGUUUGCUCCAAGGUUGCCACCUGACUAUGCUGUCUGGAUGGGUGAAAUAAAACCACUCCCUUAUUUUAAGGAUAGGUACAAGGUCGAUUUGGUCUUCUAUGUCGAUGAGAUUGUGCAGGUUCUGCAAGAUCGAUUCAGUCAGCAUGGAAAGCCUGUGUUGUUUCUCUUGUAUGGAAAGAGUACUGACAGCGGAAAUUACUCAAAGCCUGCUAGUUUUGAAGGGAUAGAGAAGUUUGACACCGAUUUGGGUACACUCCACCCUAUCUUAACUGAAUGUCGUGUUAUCAAAUCUGAAAUGGAGCUUGCCCUCAUUCAAUAUGCCAAUGAUGUUAGCUCAGAAGCACACAUUGAGAGGGACAUGCUAGGGUGGAUAUGGGCAUCCCUAUCCAGCUGGAUAGGAAUAGCCAUUUUUUCUGUUCGGUUGACGGAUAAGGUUAUGAGACAGGCAAAACCAGGCAUGAAGGAAUAUCAGUUAGAAAGCAUAUUUCUUCAUCAUUCUUAUAGGUAUGGAGCCUGUCGACAUUGCUCCUACACAUGCAUAUGCGCUACCGGAGAGAAUAGUUCUAUUCUUCAUUAUGGACAUACGGCUGCUCCAAAUGACCGGACGCUGAAUGAUGGAGACAUGGCUCUAAUGGACAUGGGAGCUGAAUAUAAUUUCUAUGGCUCUGACAUCACAUGUUCAUACCCCAUAAAUGGGAAGUUCAACAGCAACCAGGCAACAGUAUACAAUUCUGUCCUUAAGGCUCAUAAUGCUGUCAUAUCACACAUGCAGCCUGGAGUAAAAUGGGUUGAUAUGCACAAGCUGGCCGAGCAGACAAUACUUGAAUCUCUCAAGAAUGAAAAGAUUAUCCAUGGUGAUAUUGCUGAUAUGAUGACUCGAAGGUUGGGUGCUGUUUUCAUGCCUCAUGGUCUUGGGCACUUGCUUGGAAUUGACACCCAUGAUCCCGGAGGCUACCCUGAGGGCUUAGAGAGGCCAAAGGAGCCAGGACUGAGCUCCUUGCGGACCAUAAGAGAACUUAAAGAAGGCAUGGUUAUUACGGUUGAGCCAGGCUGUUAUUUCAUCGAUGCUUUGCUGCGGCCUGCCAGGGAUGAUCCAGUUUCCUCAAAAUUCUUCAACUGGGAAGAGAUUGAGAAGUACAAAAGUUUUGGUGGUGUUCGUAUUGAAAGUGAUCUGCAUUCACACUUCAGCAUGCUGGCAUGCUCACAAAGAACCAACCGUUACCAUGGUAGUGAGGUUUUAUACUUCGGUCAUGGUUACGUGCUUUCGCUGUAUGUGACGGCACAAGGAUGCAAGAACCUGACAAACUGCCCCCGGGAGACCUGGGAAAUCGAAGCGGUAAUGGCUGGCGCGCCAUGGCCUCCACGUGCUUCCGUGACAAGAGCAGAGAACGGACUGCCCAAAGCCUGA